AUGGAGGAAACAAUAGAUUUAGGUGAUACCCAUAGAAUAAAGCAAAGAGCCUCUAAACCAUUAAACAGAGCUACAGGUAAAGAAGAUGUUCACUCUGUUAUUUCAACUGAAGAUUUAAACAUUGAUCAUGGUGAAGGUAAAGAAGAUGUUCACUCUGUUAUUUCAACUGAAGAUUUAAACAUUGAUCAUGGUGAAGGUAAAGAAGAUGUUCACUCUGUUAUUUCAACUGAAGAUUCAACCAUUGAUCAUGGUGAAGGUAAUGGUGAAGAUGUUCACUCUGUUAUUUCAACUGAAGAUUUAAACAUUGAUCAUGGUGAAGGUAAUGGUGAAGGUAUCCACUCUGUUAUUUCAACUGAAGAUUUAACCAUUGAUCAUGGUGAAGGUAAUGGUGAAGGUAUCCACUCUGUUGUUAGACCAGGUUCUACCGAGAUUGAGGUUGAUCGAACAUUGGAAAUAUUUGCUGCUGACAAUCCUUUUCGAUUACAAAGAGAUGUAUCGAAUAUUGAAUUAGUCACAGCAGCUAUAUUAGUGUUUUUAGUUAUGAUCUGUUUUAUGUCGAUUGAAUACCUGUUAUUAGUUAUAGCAGUUGUUGGAUCACUUUACUAUAUUACACCUUGGGGUAAUUAA